ACCGCGAGCCACAAAUCAAGCACACAUAUCAAAAAACAAAUGAGCUCUUAUUUUGUAAACUCAUUUUGCGGUCGCUAUCCAAAUGGCCCGGACUACCAGUUGCAUAAUUAUGGAGAUCAUAGUUCCGUGAGCGAGCAAUUCAGGGACUCGGCGAGCAUGCACUCCGGCAGGUACGGCUACGGCUACAAUGGCAUGGAUCUCAGCGUCGGCCGCUCGGGCUCUGGCCACUUUGGCUCUGGGGAGCGCGCCCGCAGCUACGCGGCCGGCGCCAGCGCAGCGCCUGCCGAGCCCAGGUACAGCCAGCCGGCCACGUCCACGCACUCGCCUCCGCCCGACCCGCUGCCCUGCUCUGCCGUGGCCCCCUCUCCCGGCAGCGACAGCCACCACAGCGGGAAAAACUCCCUGGGCAACUCCAGCGGCGCCUCGGCCAACGCCGGCAGCACCCACAUCAGCAGCAGAGAAGGGGUUGGCACGGCGUCCGGAGCCGAGGAGGACGCCCCCGCCGGCAGCGAGCAGGCGAGCGCGCAGAGCGAGCCGAGCCCGGCGCCGCCCGCCCAACCCCAGAUCUACCCCUGGAUGCGCAAGCUGCACAUAAGUCAUGACAACAUAGGCGGCCCGGAAGGCAAAAGGGCCCGCACGGCCUACACGCGCUACCAGACCCUGGAGCUGGAGAAGGAGUUCCACUUCAACCGCUACCUGACGCGUCGAAGAAGGAUUGAAAUAGCACAUGCUCUUUGCCUCUCUGAGAGACAAAUCAAAAUCUGGUUCCAAAACCGGAGAAUGAAGUGGAAAAAGGAUAAUAAGCUGAAAAGCAUGAGCAUGGCGGCGGCGGGAGGGGCCUUCCGUCCCUGAGUAUUGAGCGUUCAAAGUACUGAGCGGUAUUAGCGGAUCCCGCGUAGUGUCAGUACUAAGGCUACGUGUGCCGCCUGGUCAUUCAAAUUGUCAAUUUUAGGUCCAGAAGUGUCCAAACCACAAGUUCUCAAAACUCUGAAAAAUGGCUCCCUCUGAGUUAAGACACCAAAACAAAACC